AUGGACACGAGCGAGCCGCGGCGCGGGGCUUCAGAGGACUUGGACGACACUGAGUCCAACCGCAGCCCCGUGUCCCUAGAAAUCCCAAAACAGCUACCGGAUGAUCUUCCCAAAUCACUAGACGAUCGCCGCUCGGUGCCGGUAUAUCAACAGGAGACGGAGAUGUACGAUGCGUGGCAGGGACAAUCCCAAUUUCUCACGACACCCGUCGCCGCGAAACCACUCACAUUCAGCCUAGCUCUGGACGACCACACGCACGACCCGGAAACAGACCUCCGCGCUCAAUACGGGCGCGAUAUUGAAGAUAGCGAUGCGCGUCUUAUGGAGAUGCUUGCCGCGCAAGCUGCACACCGGGAAGUCGAUUCGCUGGGCGCCGAUGAAGAAAGCAUAGCGGCCGACGAGAAGUUGACGACGGCUGAGAAGAAAGACAUCCUGCAAAAGAGCCUGAAUAUGGCAGCAAGCAAUGGCGAUGUAGAGCGAGUGCAGAAGCUAUUAUCUGGCGCGGCAAAGAGUUUUGUGGAUGUUAAUAUGAAGGACGAGGAGGGGACGGUACCGCUUAUUUACGCGAGUUGUUUCGGACAUCAGGACGUUGUCUCGGCGCUCCUUGAUGCUGGUGCAUUUGUCGACCAGCAGGAUCGGAAUCAGUGGAGCGCGUUGAUGUGGGCUAUGACGAACCGACAUAAGACUAUUGCGAAGAUUCUUUUGGAUCACAAGGCUUCGCCGGAUAUUAAGUCCUCUUCUGGUGGGACAGCAUUCGACUUUGCGCAGCCUGGCAGUGAGAUUUCGGAGUAUCUGCAUGAAAAUGGAUAUAGCUUCGGGCCAAGCGCGACUGAUUAUGAUUUCUACGAUGCUGGAAUUGCGCAUGGACGGUUUGAGGAGGAGAUUGCAGAAAAUGCGAUGAAGAGGCGGAUGAUGAUGGAGGAGAGUGCGAUCAAUUUGGAGGUAGAUCUGUCAAGUCUUGGGCUGGACGAGAAGUUUGAACCAUCGGAUGAAGACGAGCUGGAAGGCGAACAGCAGGAAUUCGUCUGGGACCGAUGUUUAAAUGAUCAAAUGUUUGUCUUCCAAGACCAUGAACUGGAGCGCAUCUUGGAUAUCAUCAUCACCAACAUGACACCUCAACGGUCUCCAACUCAAAAGCCUGUGCCAGCAAAUCUUCUUUUUCUGAGUGCACGCUAUGCUCACUACCAUGCUAGCCCAGAGCUCCUAGCGGAGCUUUUGACCUCGGCAACAGAGAAAAUCAAUGAUGUCGUCGAGCGGUAUCAAUGGGACAUGACUAUGCAAGCAUUCUGGCUGUCUAAUGCCACGCUACUAUUGCAUUAUCUCAAAAAAGAUCCUGGGCUUUUGGAGUCUACGGUGGAAUUUCAGCUCCAUCUUGCAGAACUGAUCAACGAAAUAUUCGUCCUUAUUAUUCGUGACGCCGAGCGACGAAUGAACAAAGUCCUGGAUGAGGCCAUGCUGGACCAUGAGACCAUCCCCGGACUGGAGGACGUUGCCUUCCAAAACGAAUGGAAGAUUUUCCGCAAGAAGAAGUCCGAGGCCCCCGAGCCUGCAGACAAGCGAUUCCGUCCACCGUCACCGCGGCGCCGAGCACAGAUCUCCCCACGGAACGUCACAUCCUUACUCUCGUCGACCCUUUUUGUGCUGGAUCUUUACGAUGUUCACUCUGUGAUCACCACUCAAAUUAUCUCUCAACUUCUUUAUUGGCUCAGCGCCGAGGUCUUCAAUAGGAUCAUGAGUACCAGACGCUAUCUGGCGCGGACAAAAGCAAUGCAGAUUCGCAUGAACGUUUCCACACUAGAAGACUGGGCGCGCACCAACAAUCGACAACCCGAACACUACGAAAACGGAUCCAUGACUAGCUCCGGCGAAACAACGGUCGACGCAGCCCGUCGACAUUUAGCCCCAGUCAUUCAACUGUUACAAUGGCUACAAUGUUUCUCCUCCCUCGGAGACGAUCACGAAUCUCUCGUGACAACCUUACUCCAAUUACAACAGCUCUUCCCGGUCCAGCUCCUUCACGCCGUAAAAUCAUAUCGUCCCGAAGUAGGCGAGAAGGGCCUCACCAAACAAGCCAUGAAGUUCUUGCUGGAAAUGCAGCGCGAUCCUGAAAUCUUAUUCAGAGAACAACGCAAGAUCCAAGCCGAGAAGGAAAAAGCAGCAGCACCCCCAGCACCUUCCGACAAAGAUCUCCCCAAAACACCAAAGAAAGACCAAUAUCAAACAGAAGUGCAGGGCGCACCAUCAGAUACCCCCGCUACUCCACAUCCGGGCCCCAUGUCCCCAGAAUCCGCAUCUCGCACACCGGGCAUGGUAUCGGCGGCUCGAAACGACGAUCGCCCCAAUUCCAACAGUGUCAUUCUGGAUCCCACCCUCUUCCUUCCCUUCUCUUUACCAACCAGCACGGAUAUGCUGAUUAGCUUUGGCGCUGGUCUUGGCGGAACGAAUCGUGAGCGUGCUCGGAAGUAUAUCCCCACUGUACCACCAGAGGUGCUGAGUCGAUUUGAUCGCGGCGAUGUAUAA